AGUGGUAGAAUUAUGGGAGGAAGCGGUAGCCUAUGUGGGUCCGUUGGGGCUUGGCAAAAUGACGCCAAUUGUUUUAUUAUUAUUUUUUGGCUAAUCGACAAACUUAAAUAUUUUCGACGGAAAUUAACCAGACCCAAGUGGGUUUAGUGGUUGACAGCUGAUCGGCCCCCGGCCACUUUAUUAGCUCCAGUUCGGAACCGAACGGCAAAGCCGCGCCUCCUUACCGACCCUCUCCAUCAACGGCGGCCGGAGUAACUUGAGAUCCGCCGGCAAUUUUUUCGACCGCUCCCUGGGGUUAGGGUUGGGAUUGUGUUUAGGGUUGGGGUUGGGGUUUUUCUUGUGGGGAAGAUAGUCGUCGUCUCGAUCGAUGGAGGGCCAGCAGGCGAGGAAGAUGAGGAUCUCGUUCAAGAACGCCACCAUCGUCGUCUGCUUCAUUAAUCUAAUCGCCGCCCUCCUUCUUCUCCAAGGCUUCGUCGGCGUCUCCAACCGGAGAAGCGCCGGAGCCCGUCAGUUCGACGCCGCACAACUUAGAUACAUCUUGGAGUCUGAAGAGAUACGUCGUGCUAUGGAACCUGUGGAAUUAAUUAAGAGAAUUAAAGAAAUUGAGCAAGAAGCAUUCAACGAAUCAGCGACUGAGAUACAGCAAGUACCAAAGCAGACUGCUGCAGUUGGUCUGUCGAAGAGGUUGAAAGAUCUCAGAGCAAUGAAUGAUGCCAACAGCCAGAAAGCUCUUGAAGAAUGGCGUAAACGGAAGAUGGAGCGUGCUAGACAACGGGAAAUUGAGAAAAAUGGAACAGUUACAUCUCAGGUUUGAGGUUGCAUGGCGUAAUCAGAAGAUAGAGCCUGCUAGACAACGGGAAAUUGAGAAAAACGGAGACAGUUACAUCUUAGGUUUGAGGUGCAUUUGCCAUUGUAAAGUUGAUGGCUAAAUUAUGUAACUAUGGUGCAUCCAAGCUGCUGUUGCAAAGGUAUUACUCGGUUUUGUCAUGUCUGGUCUUGUUCUCUCACAGUUGUUGGAUGACUGAUGUUUCAAUGGAAAACUGUUGUUGUUACUUGUAUGUUCAUGGCUUGUAUCCAGAACAGGUCGGUUUAUUUUUGAGAACAUCAGGCAACUACUUUACCUCCUGUAUCAAUCUUGUUGUGUAUCAUGCUUGUCAGAAUUAUCAGAAUCUUAAAAGUAA